AUGUCCGCUCUCAUUCGCGCCCAGCAGCACAGCAUCACAGGGGUCACGCUCUCCCUCACUCAGGGAGUGGUGAAGAACAUUAUCCCCGCCAUAGCAUCAACCAACGCCAUCAUAUCAGCGGUGUGCGCACUGGAGACUCUCAAGAUCGCUACAAUGUGCUCCGCUGGGAUGAACAACUACGUGAUGUAUGUGGGCACGCAGGGAGUCUACUCACACACCGUGGCCUAUGAGAGGGACCCCGAGUGCCUUGUGUGCAGCGCGGGCGUCCCAAUGAUUGUUCCAUCCGCAGCCACUCUGCAGCAGUUCAUCGACCAGCUAUUGGCCGACCCGCGUUUCGCCGCCAGCUUGCAAGCCCCGUCCGUCUCGUUCUACGGAUCUAACCUCUACCUCCGUGCCCCUGCGGUGCUCGAAGAGGCAACUCGGCCAAAUCUUUCCAAGCCACUGAGAGAGCUCAUGAACGGAGUGGGUUGUGUGAAUGGGGAGGAAGGUGGAGAGAAAACGGGUGUUUCGACUGGAGGUGUGUUGAAUGUGAAUGAUAAGAAGCUAGCAGGUGUGCUUAGAGUUAGGGUCUCUUUCAAAGACUAG